UAAAAAGAAACAGAAACAUACACAGGGGGAUUGGUGAAUGGUGCCGACCGCGGCCAUCGCAGUUGGAGGCUAUUUUGAGGGGGGGGGUGAGUAGCGUCCAUGGAGUUACUUUGCGCCCAUUCCUAGCUGCAAGGGUUUAGGUCCAGAGGGCUGACCGUCCCCAGCAAGGGUGCGGGGCCGGGGACGCCGCGGGCCUGGCCGCCUCCCUCACCGCGACCCCGGAUGGAUGCGCGCCCCCCGCCCGCCCGCGCCGGCCCCAGGAGCUCGGGGUUUCGGGAGCAUCCUUCCCGCGCCGGCCCCCGCCGCGGCGCGUAGUCCAGGGCAGCGCCCCUCGGAAGGGCACCGUGGAGGAAGGCUAGGCCAGAGAGCCAGCUCCCUUCCCUGAAGAAGGGCUCCAAAGGACCGUGCAGUGGCCAAUGGGCAGCCGUCUGUGGGAGUGAGCGGACUGAGCUUUGCCCUCUCUGAGGUGGAGGGUAGGGUGAGAAGGUGCAGAAGGACAAAGUAGACAAAGCCCUUUUCAUUCUUCCAGGAUCCCCUAGGGUGGGAGUGGAUUCUCUGGACGACCUGAGUUGCCUUGAGUGGAAGCUAGGACUGAGCAGGCCCUAAUCAUUGUUCUGGGGCCACUGACUCCCUUGCCCUCCUUCUGUCAUCUUUGGCUGGACGCCUGCUCAUCUUGGGGCUCUGGACUCAGGAGAUGGAAGAGAAGAGGCGAAAAUACUCCAUCAGCAGCGACAACUCUGACACCACUGACAGUAAGGCCUUCCAUUUGGGGCUCCUACAAGGAAAGCAUUUGAGUCACGCUACAUCUGCUUCACGAUGCUCCAAACUGCCCAGCAGCACCAAGUCGGGCUGGCCCCGGCAGAACGAAAAGAAGCCUUCAGAGGUCUUCCGGACAGACUUGAUCACAGCUAUGAAGAUCCCAGACUCCUGCCAGCUCAGCCCGGAUGACUACUACAUCCUAGCGGACCCAUGGCGACAGGAAUGGGAGAAGGGUGUGCAGGUGCCCGCUGGGGCAGAGGCCAUUCCAGAGCCUGUAGUGAGGAUCCUCCCGCCGCUGGAAGGCCCCCCUACCCAGGUGUCCCCUAGCUGCUCUGAACUUGGCGAGGGCUCCCAGCCUGAUUGGCCUGGGGGCAGCCGCUAUGACCUGGACGAGAUUGAUGCCUACUGGCUGGAGCUCAUCAACUCGGAGCUCAAGGAGAUGGAGAGGCCAGAGCUGGACGAGCUGACGCUGGAGCGUGUGCUAGAGGAGCUGGAGACCCUGUGCCACCAGAAUAUGGUACGGGCCAUCGAGACUCAGGAGGGGCUGGGCAUCGAGUAUGAUGAGGACGUUGUCUGUGACGUGUGCCGCUCUCCCGAGGGCGAAGAUGGCAACGAGAUGGUCUUCUGUGACAAAUGCAACGUCUGCGUGCACCAGGCAUGCUACGGGAUCCUCAAGGUGCCCACGGGCAGCUGGCUGUGCCGGACAUGUGCCCUGGGUGUCCAGCCAAAGUGCCUGCUCUGCCCCAAGCGAGGAGGAGCCUUGAAACCCACCAGAAGCGGGACUAAGUGGGUGCACGUCAGCUGCGCGCUGUGGAUUCCUGAGGUCAGCAUUGGGUGCCCAGAGAAGAUGGAGCCCAUCACCAAGAUCUCGCAUAUCCCCGCCAGCCGCUGGGCUCUGUCCUGCAACCUUUGCAAGGAGUGCACGGGCACCUGCAUCCAGUGUUCCAUGCCUUCCUGCGUCACCGCGUUCCACGUCACAUGCGCCUUUGACCAUGGCCUGGAAAUGCGGACUAUCUUAGCAGACAACGACGAGGUCAAAUUCAAGUCGUUCUGCCAGGAGCACAGUGACGGGGGCCCCAGGGGGGAGCCCACUUCCGACCCCGCGGAGCCCAGCCCGGCUGGCGAGGACCUGGAGAAGGUGACCGUGCGCAAACAGCGGCUGCAGCAACUGGAGGAAGACUUCUACGAGCUGGUGGAGCCGGCCGAGGUGGCUGAGCGGCUGGAGCUGGCUGAGGCGCUGGUGGACUUCAUCUACCAGUACUGGAAGCUGAAGAGGAAAGCCAACGCCAACCAGCCGCUGCUGACCCCCAAGACCGACGAGGUGGACAACCUGGCCCAGCAGGAGCAGGAUGUCCUCUACCGCCGCCUCAAGCUCUUCACACACCUGCGGCAGGACUUGGAGAGGGUUAGAAAUCUGUGCUACAUGGUGACGAGGCGCGAGAGGACGAAGCACGCCAUCUGCAAACUCCAGGAGCAGAUAUUCCACCUGCAGAUGAAACUGAUUGAACAGGACCUAUGUCGAGAGGGGUCUGGGAGGAGAGCAAAGGGCAAGAAGAGCGACUCGAAAAGGAAAGGCCGCGAGGGCCCAAAGGGCAGCCCUGAGAAGAAAGAGAAAGUGAAAGCGGGGCCUGACUCAGUCCUGGGGCAGCUGGGCCUGUCCACCUCUUUCCCCAUCGACGGCACCUUCUUCAACAGCUGGCUGGCUCAGUCAGUACAGAUCACGGCAGAGAACAUGGCCAUGAGCGAGUGGUCGCUGAACCACGGGCACCGUGAAGACCCCACUCCGGGGCUGCUGUCAGAGGAGCUGCUGCAAGACGAGGAGACACUGCUGAGCUUCAUGCGGGACCCAUCACUGCGCCCCGGGGACCCUGCCAGGAAAGCCCGGGGCCGCACCCGCCUGCCUGCCAAGAAGAAGCCACCACAGGAUGGGCCUGGCUCACGGACGAUUCCAGACAAAUCCCCCAAGAAGCCCUGGGGCCAGGAUGCGGGCUCUGGCAAGGGGGGCCAAGGGCCAGUGGCCCGGAAAGCAACACGGCGAACGCCUUCCCACCUGCCAUCUAGCCCUGCAGCUGGGGACUGUCCCAUCCCAGCAGCCCCCGAGAGCCCCCCUCUGGCCCCCGAGACCCCGGACGAGGCAGUCCCAAUGGCUGCUGACUCGAAUGUCCAAGUGCCUGGCCCUCCAGUGAGCCCCAAGCCCUUGGGCCGGCUCCGGCUGCCCCGCGAAAACAAGGGAACCCGGAGAUCGCCAGGUGCCAGGCCUGACGCUGGGACAGGACCGCCCUCUGCUGAGGCCGAGAGGCCCAAGGUCAGCCUACACUUUGACACUGAGACUGAUGGCUACUUCUCUGAUGGGGAGAUGAGCGACUCAGAUGUGGAAGCUGAGGACAGUGGGGUGCAGCAGGCUCCCCGGGAAGCGGGGGCUGAGGAGGUGGUCCGCAUGGGGGUACUGGCCUCCUAAGUCACCCCUACCCCAUCCCGGGCCCUGCCCUGGUCCUCCUAUGAGGCCUCAGCCCAGUCACAACUGCCAUUUCCUAUCUCUGCUGAGUGUCUCAGACCCUUGAGACUGCCACUCUGUUGUGGUUUUAUUUUUAAUAUAGAGAGAGUUUUGAAUUCUACACUGUUGUCUUUCCUCUGUGCUGGCCUAGGACAGUAGGAUUCCUUCCACAGCUCUGGCCGCAAGGACCAUUGCAGGUCCUGGGCACUGUCCCUGCCUUGGCAGCGCCCCGCCCCGGCCCGCACGGCCUCGCCGGGCUCCUGGCUAGAUAUAGGCAAGGUGAGGAAGAGCCCAGGACUCCAGCCCGCUGCCACUGGGUGACACAGACCGUCGUUUGGGCAUUAUUUCAUGGCAGAUGGGCCAGCCCAGGGCCUGCCCCGCCUUGCCCCCAAAUCCUACUGGGGUCCAUUUGGGGGGUCCUGCUGCACUCCACUGAUCCCCGAGGAAGUCUAAUAAGUGAUACCCAGCCAGAGUCUACUCACUGUCACAAGCACAACGAGCUUAUACAAGAAAGCACUGAGGGGGCGCAGAGGGCCCGCUGGUUCCAGAGGAACCACAGCUGUUCCUGAUCAACCCACAUCAUCUGAGGCCUGCCCGCCCACCCCGCGACCCUCCACUCCCCUGCUGCUCCACCCCUGCCAGUGCCCAGCCCGGCGGCUCGGAGAAAGGGUUCCUGGAACUCUUCCUGAGCUGUGCCAUUUACUCAGGGGACUCCCAAACAGCCAGCCGCCAGUGCCGGUGGAGGGCUGCAAGGGAGGGCCAGUGCCCAGACAGGGGCGUGGGGCUCAGACUCCCCCACUUAGAGAAUUGCUCUGGGGCUCCAACUUCCUUCCUUCCUUCGGGGCCAGUCUCGGCCCAAGUCUGGUCACUCCCAGACAACUGACCUGACCAGACCAGACCGUUUGCCUUUUCAAAUUUUCCAGUCCAGCUAAGAGACGAGCUUCUUCCUCAGUUUCCUUUUGGAAACUCCUCCUUCCAACAAGCAGUGGGAUCCCGGGGCCUGGGAUAGGGUUCAAGUCUUGCUGAAUGUUCCUGGUUCCUCUAUCCCUAUGAGACGUGACCCCCUUUCCUGGCUAUGCCUUCCCUCCCCACCACCGACCCGCCUGCCACCUUUUCCGUUCCACCCUCUAGGUCCCAGGUAGUUGCUCUGAAGAGUUUCAGUGGAGAGGCCCCAGGGUGAUAGCUCAGGGAACAAACAAACAAGGAAUUCAGUGAAAACAUGGCUUUUUUUCUUUCAUGAAUUACUCCUGGGUCACUUCCGCCACUGGUGAAGCUAGAACUUCAACAAGAACCUUGCAAAAGUCCAGUGAAUCAGUCGAAUCAUUCUAUGGAUGCCAAAGAAUAUUUUGACCAUAACACAGCACAGCCUGGACCUGACAACUUGUCACUUGGACUUUUUUUUUUUUUCUUUUAAUGGAGUUCUUUAGCAACAAAGGGUAGAGAUGUGUUCAUUGCACACACCCAAGGAGACGAGCCUGAGCUCUUGGAAAAGGAUGCUGUUCUGCUGCUGCUCAACUGUUCAAAUCGGGAAGCGGGACCUAGCAUUGGAUUUCAGGUCCGGGGCUGGGUCCACCGUGAGCUUUCCCAAACUCAGACUCACAGAGGGGGCGAAGAAUUCUGACUGCAAAACCAGCAUGGCAAAAGUCUUUACCAUGUGGUUCCCCUGACACAGAUACACAACCUACAAAUCAGCGGGAUGGGGAGCAGCUUGACCACCCACCCCUGACUCCGGAACUUUCAAGGUACGACAGUGGCAUUGUCAUCGACACUCAGUUUCAUGGGAAUUUUAGCAAAAUAGGAAGCAAAGAUAGGACUCCGUUCAGAAGAUCAGGCAAAUUGGUCCAGGUGGAAUGGAUUCAGGACGGGCUUCCAGGAUUCUGGGCGUUGGGGCGGCACAAGGUACCAUGUAGAGUUGAGUCGGCCUGCCUCCUUGGCAGUCACAGCCAGUGCAGUGUCCGCACCGGCGCCCCAAUCCCCGUUCUCUGUUUACUGCCUUUGAACAGUCCUCCUUCCCCGUGCUUUGGGUCACAAUCUUGUCUGUACUGGAUUGCCCGGUCUGACCUCGCAGGAAGCCAGGGGACGAGCUUAAAGAACAACCAAACUCUGCCAGGGGUAGGGGUGGGGUGUCAGGAAUGGCUCAGGCCCAGUAGACUCAGCGCUUGCCCCUCACCCAUUCAUGUGUUCCAGGGCAGAGUCUGGGCUCCCUGGGGGCAGGAGAGAACUGGGCAGAGAAUGCAGCGUGGCUGGCCAGGGUCUGGUCUGGGUAGGCCAGGCAAGGGGCAGCCAGCUCUCUUUGAGGGGGCCUCUGCCCAGGUUGGCCUCUUGAUUUUCUUCUGUGUUGGCUUUUGACUUUGGACUGGACUCUCCCUGGGGCCAUGUCCUGCACAGGGAUCUAUCUGUUUGGCCAGCUGGUGAUGGAAGUAGGGGGCCUUCACUCCCAGGCCAGGCCCUAGAGCUAUUCUUGCCGGGCAGCUGUCCACCUUUAGGGCACCCAGCAAGACUACGCAGAGGUCAAGGAUGCUGGUCCCCACCACUGUCAUUUCCUCCAUUAGCCACAGCCCCUUCACUCUCUCUCUGGUCUACUGCUCACCAUGGACAGCUUUGCCACCCCUGGUGUUGAGCUCGGAAGCAGGGAAGAAAAGCAGGAAGCCUUUUGCAGGCUGUAGGCCGAGGCAGAGCCCGUGCCUGACCACAUCUGUCCCCACUCACUGGCCCUCUUCUGGGAGGGAGAAGCUGCUCUGUUACUCAUUCUGUCAUUCCCCAUUUUCCCAGUCCAGGCUGCCCAGCUCCACCUUCCCCCUUUUCACAGUGAGAAAAGGAUAAGUUGCAAGGAAAGUAUUUUUAUGGAUCAUAAAUGUAUUUUAAAGUGACUAAGGAGAAGAAAGGUAGAAGGCUUUAUUUUAUUAAAUGAGCUCUCUGACUUUGUGACAGUGUGUGAGCGUUUGUAAUUUGAGGGUCUCGAUUUCCUUCGAGAAGCCCCCGAGGUUUCCACACGUGGGUGCCGGGCUAUAGGUGUGUGCGUCUGUGCCAGGGCACAUCUCCUGUGUCCUUGUGCAUGCGUGUUUGUGUGUCAUGUAUGGGCACGUUGUGGGACUGGCUGGGGCAAUUUCUAGAGAAUCACCUGUGUGUUACUAACAGACGUUGGCAGCAGCCGGACUUGGCAUUUCCUUGCUCAUGGCCAGAUGGUGGCCAGCCUCUGCCCAUGCCCAGAGCUCUGCAGAAUGGUCCGGAUGCCUGUCACAAGGCCCUUGGGGAGGCCACUUCCCACACCCCUGGCCCAGCUGGCCACAUUGGCCAAAGAGCCAGGGCUGGAGUCUGGGACUUUUGGUUGUUCUUUAAGGCACUUCCUGCCACCUUGUCCCUCAGACACAUAAAACACUCUUGUGCUCCGCAAACGACUCGGGGUGGGGGGAUGAUAUGAAUGUCACAGGAGGCGACACCUUCUGUCCUUGUUUCAAAGAAAGUGAUGUGCCAUUUGUUAAUAUACAAGAGAAAUAUUGAAAAUAUAUUGAAAAGAGCAAUUUUAAAUUAUUUUUGGCUUAUGUUGCAAUAUUUAUUUUCUUGUAUUAGAAAAGAUUCCUUUGUAGAGAAAAAAUGUAUUUUUCAUUAACGCAAAGACCUAUUUCUCCUUUUUGUACAUUGUCCAUGUUCGCUCCCCUUAACGAGCAAUAGAAUGUAUGGCCGCCUCGCCGCGGCCAGUGCCCGCGUGCCCUGCAUGAUUCCGUGUUGCCGCUGCUGCAUAGCUCCCACUCCCAUCCUGUCCUGCUCACUCAUGGGGCUUUCUGGACCCGGGCUCCCACCAGGGCCAGUGUCUCAAGGAGCCCUUUGCACUCCUCGUGUGUUGGCAAACGCAGUUAAUAAAGCAAUGUUUUCUGUGC